AUGGACGACACCGAGCGACGCUCCGCCAAGCGCUCGCGAUUCGACCAAACCGAACCCGAGCCUCGCAAGGCUUCAAGAUUCGACCGCCGCUCCAGAUCGCCGCCAGGAAGACGUUCAGAGUCGGCAAGAGAGCGCAGCCCUCUGCCCAAUGAUCAGGCGACGGAGCCGAAGAAGUCGCCUGUAGAUGCUGCUGCUGCGGCUGCUGCUGCGGCCGCGCGAAUCAACGCGCAACUCCAAGCGAAGAAGGGCAUCCAGCAUGUCGACGUUCCCCCGAUCAAGACCGCCGAACCUCCUGCAGGCGGUGCCCAGUCGCCCGAUCCGGCCAACACAAUCAACGGAGAGAUGUACAUCGCCGACGGUGACUUCAUCAAAGACAUUGAAGUCAACGACCUUCGUAACCGAUACCUCUUGACCAAGGGGUCGACUCAGAAGAUGGUAAAUACUCCUAGGUUGACUUUGCAAGAUGUUACUACCCGAGGAAACUACUACCCCGACAAGAGCAUGGCGACUGCGGCGAAUCCGCCUUUGUACUUGCACGUUACCAGUACAUCUAAGACUGGCCUCGAGCAAGCCGUGACAAAGAUUGAGGAACUCAUGAAACAGGAACUUCCCGCUCUGGUUGAUGAGCGUCGUUUCCGUCGACGUGACCAGGAGCAGGUUGAGAGAGACGAAUAUGGCCGACGCAAAUGGCCCGAGGAGAAGAUCCCCAUUGGCUUGGAGUCAGUCCCCGGAUUCAACCUCCGCGCCCAAGUCGUUGGCCAUGGCGGUGCCUACGUCAAGCACAUCCAGCAGGAGACCCAGUGCCGCGUUCAGAUCAAAGGACGUGGUUCCGGAUACCUGGAGGCAGCCACCAAUCGCGAGAGUGAUGAGGAUAUGUACCUCCACGUCGCUGGACCUGACCCUAAGAUGGUCGAGAAGGCCAAGGAGCUUUGCGUAGAUCUGAUUGAAAAUGUCAAGGAGCAGUACGAAGAGUUCAAGAGCAGACCUCCUCGUAGCUACGGUGACCGCGGUAGCUAUGGUGACCGCUCGCGGGGCCACGAUGGCGGCCACGGCGGAUAUGGAGGCCACGGCCAUGGCGGCCACGGCGGUCAUGGCGGGCAUGGCGGUCACGGCGGCGGCGGCGGCGGCGGCGGUGGCGGCUAUGGCGGUCACAACUCUGGACAAUCAGCAAGCCCUGCUCCUCCCGGCGGCUCUAACAGCCCUGCCGCCGGAGCAGACUACGCCGCUCAGUACGCACAGUACUACGGCGGUCAGGAUCCUUACGCUGCCUAUGGUGGCUAUGCCGCCUACGUUCAAAUGUACCAGCAGUACUAUGCUGCCGCGCAAGCACAGCAGCAAGGCUCGCCUGCGCCGCCUGGAGCAGCGGCAUCCCCUCCGCCCCCGCCUCCCAGCGAGGCCGCUCCUCCCCCGCCUCCUCCGAGCUCUGCUCCCCCUCCCCCUCCCUCGGGCGCGCCUCCGGGCACCGGAGGAGGUUAUGGUGCUGUAACCAAUGCGCGGACGAAGAAUAGCGGAAGUAACGCGGAUACGGCAACAAUGAGCCAUCAAAGAUACCCGUCACACGACCCCCUAAAGGAGCCUCACUCCGUCUCCUUGAAAGUACUCAGACUAUCCCGCCCCUCCCUCGUAAUCCAGCACCCGAUCCGGCCCCCGUUGACGCCCUCAAACCUCCCCGCGGACCCGACCCCAGCCUCUCUCGCCUACGACACAACCGCCUCAACGAAUCCCUCCCCCUUCCUCCUCUCCCCGAUCCUCAACCUCCCGCUGAGCUUCGGCUCCGCCUACGUAGGCGAAGUCUUCAGCUGCACCCUCUGCGCAAACCACGAUGUCCCCGAACCCGCAGCGGCCAGCAUCCGCGAUGUCCGCAUCGAAGCGGAAAUGAAGACCCCCGGCGCAAACUCGAUCCAGAAGCUCGACCUCACCCCUCCAGACACCUCCUCCUCCGCCGCGAACAACAACGACGGCGACGACAUGAAGGGAACGGACCUGGAAGCCGGCGACACCCUCCAGCGCAUCGUAAACUUUGAUCUCAAAGAGGAAGGCAACCACGUCCUCGCCGUGACGGUGAGCUACUACGAAGCCACCGAGACCUCGGGCAAGACGCGCACCUUUCGGAAGCUGUACCAGUUCAUCUGCAAAUCCUCCCUCAUAGUCCGCACGAAAAUCGGCCCGCUCGCUCCGGCCGGCGCAAAGAGCGGCGGCGGCGGUCGGCGGUGGGUCAUGGAGGCCCAGCUGGAGAACUGCUCCGAGGACGUGAUCCAGCUCGAAAAAGUGGUGCUGGACCUCGCCGAGGGGCUGGGCUACACGGACUGCAACUGGGAGACGGGCGGCGGCGCGCGGCCGGUGCUGCACCCGGGCGAGGUCGAGCAGGUGUGCUUCGUGGUGGAGGAGGCCGAGGGGACGAGGGCGCAGCCGGGCGAGGACGGCAGGAUCAUGUUUGGGGUUCUCGGGAUCGGGUGGAGGGGCGAGAUGGGGAAUAGGGGUUUUCUUUCUACGGGGAAGCUGGGCACGCGACACGUGGCGUGA